UCUCUUGUAUUAGAGAAUAUAAAAGUAGUUUUAUAUUUACGUCGUUGAGUUCACUUGGGAUGAAAAUAAUUUCUUAUUUAUAUAAGUCAAAUUAGUUUCCGCAGAAAUGUCGAUAUUUACACCUACAAACCAAAAACGAUUGACCAAUGUUGCUGUUGUACGUUUGAAAAAAGGAGGGAAACGAUUCGAAAUUGCCUGUUAUCCGAAUAAAGUCAUGUCGUGGCGCAACAAAGUAGAGAAAGACAUUGAUGAAGUUCUACAGACACAUGCUGUGUUCAUGAAUGUUUCUAAAGGUCAAGUGGCCAAGGCUGAAGAUCUGAAAAAGGCUUUUGGUACGGAUAACCAAGAUGAAAUUUGUUUACAGAUUUUAGCAAAGGGUGAACAGCAGGUGUCAGAGAAGGAAAGACAGGCUCAGCUGGAGUCUAUGUACCGAGACAUUGCUACAGUUGUUGCUGACAAAUGUGUAAACCUUGAGAACAAUCGACCGUUUCCUGUAACCUUGAUAGAAAAAGCUAUGAAAGACCUACACAUUUCUGUCAAACCAAACAAGAACACUAAACAACAGGCACUAGAAGUCAUCAAACAACUAAAGGCAUCAGACACUAUCAAAAUUCAACGUGCACAGAUGCGUUUAAGGAUAGGAGUUUCAGGUAAAGAUGCUAAAAGGGUGAAAGAAAAGGUUAAAAAGCUGUCUACCAGAGUGGAGAAAGAAGAUUUUGAUGAUGAACUGGAAAUGACUGUGUUGAUUGAUCCUGGUUGUUAUAGAGAACUCAGUGAAUUAAUUCACACUGAAACCAAAGGUAAAGGGCAUGUUGAAAUUCUCAGUUUGAAAGACAUAGAGGAAGGAGAUGAGAAACUUGAAUAAACUACAAGCAACCCUGAAGUUUCACCAAAACUUAAAAAGACUGCUGUGCUGUUUUCCUUUUUGUGUAACAAUAAACUAGAAAAGCUUUUUUUUUUUAUUUUUGGAAAAAAAAUUAAAAAACAUAAAAUGAAAAAAAAAAAGAAAUACUGAAAAUGAAAAAACAAUUGGAAAUAUACUGAAAAAUAAAACAAAAAAUAAAACAGUGCUUUGCCAAUCCAAAACAAAUGAAAUAUUCUUAGAACAGAAUAAAAGAUGCUUUUAUUAUUGCCA